AUGGUAGAAAAUCUCCCCAUUGAUUUCGAUUUCAACCGAGAUCGUCGCUUCAAGAAUUGGUCAGAUGACGAACUGGAUACAAUGAUUGCAAGAAUUGUAGAUCAGCCAGAGAGCGCUACAGUGCUGUCAAUAUCGUUAAGAUCCCCUUUGGUUUUGGGCGCGCAGAAAAAGCUAGAAGCGAUAUCGAAAAACGAUCAACGCAAAUUCUACCAUAAAACUCGAUGGUACAUUACCGAAAGACGUUGUCAAGAACUGAUGACGGCGAAUGGAGAGAUCAUCUUCAAAACGGAGCUCAAACUUUCACCUGAUCGUGAAAUCCAGCUCGAAACUUGGCGGGGAUUGGAAACCGGUUCUGUGGUUCUUCUACAUGAAGACGAAAAUCGAAGCAACGGGGCCUAUGGGAGAGUGGUUCUCACCUCUCAUCAAAAAUCUGCUGAUUCGAAAGGAGUCGAACAAUUUAUUAUUUUGGAAAUGUGUGAGCUUUUUCCCAACUCGUUCCGACCGUUACCAAAUUCCGAGCUUGACAAGAUAAAUGCAUAUUGCGAAGGAGUGAAGAUGGAGCGAGAGGAACGUCUGAUCAAAUCGGAACGUGACGAAAUUUGGAAAAACCACAGCGGUGCCGUGGAUGUGUUCCUGUCAGGACAUCCUAUGGCUACUUGCCGAUUUUUUCAGGACACCUUUUCAAAGUUUUCAAUUAAAAAAAACCCCAUGUCAAAAUCAGUUCGACUUCAAAGAUGGGACCUGGAAUUUGCUCGAGCUGUUUUGUAUGAUGAGCAGAUGGGAUUUGAGCGAUACCAAUUUUUUGAGAAAAACUAUGCACGUAGAAAUAAAAAGCCGUUCUCGGAAUUUUUCGAGACACCGAGUGGGAGGUUCUCUAUAAAUUCGGAAGAACCGCCACUUGGAUUUGCUUCACUGGCAGUUAUUCAUGUUCCAGUGCGGCUUUGGAAGAAGAUCGAUGGAGAGGAAGCCGACGCCACAAGACGGAAUUUUGUGCGUUUCGCUUCAAAAUUUCUGAAUGUGAAGCGGAAGCUUGAUCCCACCAUUCAACCGGGCGAAGCUGUCGGAUCACCUCCAUCAAAAAAACCAAGAAGCGAAAUCAUCCGUUCUCCAAAAAUCGACAAACCGACAUCUCGUCAUUCUUCAUCGAUCCAAAGCCUAGUUGAACAGCAAGCAACAACGAAUAGCAUUCAAAGUCCGAAGCUUCCACCAGAGAACUCCGAGAAUUGUCUGUCAGUCAAAGUGGGCCUAGUUGACGCCGAGCAAGGAAAUCUGACAAAGACGAUGACUUCUUCAACUUCUUCCUUUGUUGAAUCGUGGGAACUUAUCGCCAAAACUAUCGAAAACGGCGAAGCCAUGGAGACACGCAGUGAAAUUGAAGCAAGAGGAGAAGCAAGCAACAUAGGAAGUUGGCAGCAAGCUGGAUUCAUAGCAUCAAAACAAUCACAGUCGUACUGGGAUGGAUGGAACAACGAAAUUCGGAAAUAUUUUGUGGGAGAGCGUGAAAAAGCUUUAUGCGUUUUUUCGAGGUUUUAUCUAUUCCAGAAACGCGAGGAUACCACAAACUAUUUUCUCGUGUCAGUCGGAACCGGAGAAAGAGAUCUAGCCGUUUUUAUUGAUGUGACAAAGAUACAAACUGGAUGUUCUCUUAUUCUUGAGUUCAUGUUCACUUUCUUUUUUUUCGAUAAAACUCUUUGUUUUCAAUUUUUGUCGAUUAUUCAUGUCCUAUUUUAA